AUGUCAAACCAGGAUGCUUCUGGCUACAUCACGCCGCCUAUAAGGCUACGAACACUCUCGUCAGCUCAUUUGGACCCUCUUAUACCUAAUCCUGGGACUUCUCAGAAUCCAUUGACAUUUGCACAAGAAUCAAUCCUUCCAACCGCUCAAAGGACUAGAGCAGUUCGCCCAGAUAGAGGACUUCAGGAACAGAUGUUCACAAUUGAGUCGACUGAAGAUGACCAUCAUGAGAUUUCAGAGCACACUCGUCUUGUGAGUUGGCUCCCCCCAAGCACGACCUUGACAUGUACGUUGAGUGAGCCCCGAGAUCUUCUUCAGAAUGAACGUACAUGUUUGAGCUUCUCCAAAUUCUCUGUCGCGUUAUUUUUUUGUGCUUUUAGUGUGAUAUUGGGUUUCUCCUUUACCGACAAACCGACCAGACCAAGUCCGCCUAAUACCAUCUUGUCAAAGAUUGUGUUCUCAUUACUUGUUUUCCUAGCCUUAGCUAGUCUAGUAGUGGCUCUCAUCAGUUACUUCCAAACUGUGAGAAGACUAACCCAAAAACGUAUACAUACAAUCGGCUCUCAUAAAGGUUUGGUAAUGGCCUGUUUCACAGCAGUAGUGGUUGCUCUUAUUGCCGUGAACUCAUUGCUUAUAGCUGAGCGAUACCGCGGCGGUUUUUGA